AACGAGCGUCCUUCCAAGGACAGUUGAAAAGCACCAAUUGUGAGAUGUUUUUACUAGUACCCUCUUAUUUCCCUCUUUCAAUCCUUGUCACGGCGGAGACAUUCCUCAUUCAUCCUUCUAACUACGAGUCUCUUCUCUAUCACAGAACUACAGUCUAGUCGGUAGUACUUUCUCUAUUUCAGUCUGCCAAUACCUGGCAACCAACAAAAAUGCCAUCUCCGCUGGCGGUAUCUCCUUCAAAUAGGACCGACUCGCUGGACAGUCGUCGCGGUACUUCACCUAUGUCUUCCAAUUCCUUCAUCAUGCCUUCUUAUCCAGCAGUUCAUUUCGAGGGAAUGUUGCGUCAGUUUCGCAAGUUGUCCGUUCCCUCAUGUAAUUCCUCCCUAUCCCAAUCCGUGAAUUAUCCGCUGGUACACCUGGAGUCAGUCGGACCUAAUUGUAUUCCUCGAUCGGCUAAUUCUCAGCCGCCCUCACCCCUUGCCUGCCUGGGCGCUCCGUUUAUCCCUGUGUCCUGCCAGAUGUCAAACGAUUUAGACACUGGUAUUCCAGCGUAUCACCGCUUUCACAACGACUCCCAUUUGAAUUUGUCUCCAACAUCCUCAGGGAGCAGUGAGGGACUGUCCUUGCCAUCGUGCGAGUUCCCUGCCAGUCGUUCAUUGUUCGAGCAAUUCAGAACUACACGAUCGCGCGUCCUCCUUCUCCAGAAAGAUCGUCGUUGGCCAUUGCCAUCGUUUGUGUCGUUCUUUACAGAGGGACGAGAUCGACGCGCUUUUGUCAGACCGCCCAUGUCUAUGUGGGUCGCGAAUGAGUGCAUUGAGCCAAACGACGUUUGGGCGAUAUUUCAGUCACACGAGGAUGCCUGCACAGCACUUUCUCUCUCUCACCCCUCCAUCACCAUCACCCCUGCUCUUCAGGGCGAUUUGGAACCUUUUGAUAGAUUGCGCAGAGUUGAUUCAUUGUUGAAGAAUUCUACUGCGAUUUCAUAUCCUACUGGUCUCCGCAUGUCCCUGUCAACACCUGACCUUCAUAAAUGCGUACAGAUUGGGACGCCCGCAUUCCCGCAGACUAUCGGGGCACCAAAUGAUGACUUUGUCAUCUCCAGCAACCCGCCCAAUCCGCGGACAACAUUCAGGCUGGGUGAUUGGAUAUGUAAUUCGCCCAACUGCGCGGCUCACAACUUUGGGCGUAAUUUAGCUUGCAGAGGUUGUGGAUGUCCGCGUUCUGAGAACCCACCCUCAACGAUGCAGCGACAAGGGUCUUGCGGGCCACCCACGUCGCGUCUUCCAGUAUCACCCCGCUUCGUCAAUUCAUCCGGACACACGCCCAUGCCGCAAAGCAGUCUUUCUCCAUCAGUUACCUCUCCUAUUUACUCCAGCGCCGGUCAUAACGUGCGUCAUGCACCCCCGCCUAUCCAGCCGAGCAUGAUGAGUGCAAAGCCCCCCUCUCCUGCACACCCUCUCCUCACUCCGUCUGGUCGUUCUUUUGCGGUGGGAGGUAAGGUGCAAAAUGUCUCUUCGGACCCGUUAUCGCCGUGCGUCAUGUAUUGGCCGGACAACGAAUCAUUCCCAGAACAGGGUCAGAUUCGACCAAGCAGCUUGAUGGUUGUUCCACAGCCCCCGAUCCUGAACACUGGUAAUCGUGGGCCUAUCGAACAUCAGCCUGGUGAUUGGAUUUGUCAAAAGUGCAAUUAUCUGAAUUGGAGACGCCGUAAAGUUUGCCAGACUUGUUUUCCUUAUGCUGAAGGAAACGGCGAUUCCAUCUCCGCUGCUGUGCAAGCGGAGCGCAUCAACUUACUCACGUCGCUCCUCGCGCAGAACCAACUUCCGCUCGCGAGUGGUCCCCCAUCCCUUUCAUCUCAAGCUCCCCGGUCUCAUUCCAUGACACCCCCGCAGCGCCGUCGUAUGUUCAUGGACAACGUUCCUCAGAAUCAGGUACCAUACCGAUCCCGCUCGCAUUCUAAUUUCGACGCGGGCGCACAAUAUUCAGACUCUCAAUUCAUCUAUGAAACGUCCGCUCCCCGUCGUACCUCCCCGUCUUCGUUCCCAAGCCUUGGUGAUCCCGAGGACUAUCUUCCCUCCAAUGUCCCCGCUCCUUUACUUCCGUCUUUCUUGCAGGAUAUCGUGCAAUCUCCCACCCUGUCUCCGAGUUCUACGUCAUCCACCGACCUCUCCCCAGAGGAUUAUGACGAUAGUUUCUCCUCGGAACGCUCAUCAUUUGGGAAGGAUCGCAUUGUCACGAACGAUUCUUCGUCGAACCUGCCUGUUAGCAACAUCUGGAAGCUAAACGACGAGGAAACGAAGGGUAUCGCGGGCGUUGCAUUGCCCAACAUUGGCUUGAUAGGGAGUAGGAAAAGUAGCCACGAGGCGUUGCGUCGCCAACCUAAUUCGCCUUGAUUUCACCACGUAUAUAUAUUAAGCAUAGGGAAGGAUACCGACAAGCAAAGUCAAGUGCGGACACCACAGGUCUCCACGGAUGGACAUGCGGACAGCGUCCUGGGUAUUGUACGGAGAAUACGGCUAGAGUGAUAUUCCUGGUAUUUUUAUUUGUUCUUCCCCUAGUGCUGGCUCAUAUGACGGACUGCUUGCUUUGACGCAAGACGUCCUCGCGCAUUUUUCUGCUUCAUCUUCGCACUUUCAAGUUGGAUCUCGCAAUCGUACCAGCAUAUUCUGCAUAUUGUUUAUCUUGGUCAUUUAUUUUAUCUUGGAGUUCUUAUGCCUCCCUUAUGUACUCCUGCAUAGUCUAAUUGUGUUCGUAAAAGUUUGCAAUAGUACCAACGUGUUCACCAGUUAUAGGAGUUGACUUAACAAUGUUUGUAUA